ACCGGAUAUAUAUGUUCAGUUAAUGUCUGGUGGUCGGUCAGUUAAAAUAAGUUAAAUGAAAUGGGUAACCUUAGCUCCUAUAUGAUUUAGUGUUUCAUUUCGAAUAAAAAUGGUGCUGAAAUUGAACGAGAAAAGCAUAAAGCAGAAACUGUGUGUAACUAACUAACUAACUGUGGGGGUGUGACCGUUCGUAUUUGUUUACGAUCGUAAUGCUUCACUAAAAUAGACAUCAAAAUUAAAGUGGUUAGUGCUGUAACGUUUUGGGAGGAAAGUACAAUUGUUUCAGUUUAAUAAAAUUGUUCGACAUGGGCUGUUCGACGUCACAAUCAGCUAAAGUGGUAUCGGCCGCAACUAAAGAAAAUGGAAUAAAUGAGCAAACAGAAGCAGACCGCAAAUAUCCGCCAGCAGAAGCAUUUGUAGUUCCACUUGAUGACGAGGCUGACAGUAUAAUAAAGAAACAUCCACCGAAACGGUUGCAGCGAUUGGUUGAUACUCCAGCUACCGAAACAACCAUUGAGGAAUUGGAAGAAAAACUAGCUAAUGCAGAGUUGAGGCGUAAUCAGUUCUUAUCGGAUCGAGUCAAUACAUUAAAGUCAAAGGAUGACGAAAAUAUAGAAAGUACGGUUCCAGACACUGACAAUGAGAAAAUCCUGGACAUUAAAAAUAGCGAAACACCAACGGCUGAUAGAGAUACCAAUUCUGUUGUACCCGCCGCCACCAAUGAAGGAAAUGUUAAUAACUCAAGUAGUAAUGAAGCUCAGGAAAACCAUUAAAGCGAAAGCACAUCAAUCAACAGACUCACACACAAACAACCUUCGUUCUGAAAAAUGGAUAUGAUGCUCUCAAAGUUUGUAAUCAUCUUUACAGUGUAGAGAUAUCAAAGUAAAGUUUUCAUUGAAAUUAA